UGUGAAAAAAAAACAGUUCGAAAUUUUCUUUCCAUUUGUUAUUUCCGAAAGCUUUUAAUUUUCUUUCAGUAAAUUAAUAAAUUUUAAAUAUUUUCUUUUACAUGAAUAUCUAGAAUUUGAACAUGGCAAAUUUUAGACCGGCUGGUAUGUCCGAUGAUGAUUCGGAUAGUGAUGAUUGUGGGUUUUACGAAAAACCGCAAAGAAGAUACAAACCACCUCCUGAAAAUCCAAAAAAGAAGCUAGAAAUUAAUUUGCAGGAUGCAAUAAUUAAUGGACGAAUAAAAGAUGUUGAGCUGAUUAUCACACUUGAUUUACACGGCAAUGUAAAUGUGAAGCUGGACAGUGGCUGGACCCCGCUGCUGCAUGCAUGUUUCCACGCCCAGGAGAAGAUAGUUCAGCUGCUACUAGACAAGGGAGCGGAUCCUAAUAUGCAUUCGGAAUCAGUAACACCAAUAAUGGUGGCCUGUUCCAACAGUAGUGCAGACAACGACACCAUAGAGAGUAUAGUAACAAACCUGAUCAUGAGAGACUGUAUCCUGAAUGUUGGUGACAAACACGGGCAGACUCCGCUCAUGAGGGCCAUCGGUAGUGGCAGAGUGGCCGUGGUACAGAAACUGCUGGCCAAAGAUGUUAAUAUUGAGAUGAGAGACGCUCAGGGGUGGACGGCAUUAUUCUGGGCAGUCCACCACAAUCAGCCAGAAAUCCUGGAGAUCCUGAUAGCAGCCGGAGCUCGGCUCACAGAGGUGGACAAGAUGAACCGCAACCCCAUGGAGAUAGCCUUCACGCACGACCACCAGAACAUUGUGGACAUCCUCAACAAACACCUCAAGACUGAUGAUGAAGAGGAGAAUAAUAUCUGUGUCAAUUAUCCUAUUGUUUCCUGGCAAGAUUAUUAUCCUGGUUUGAUGGAGCAUGAUCAGAAACCAGAUUACAAAUCAGAGAUCCCUCGUCUCCUGUAUGGCAUGAAUUGCGACCGUCUCGUCCCAAUAUUCGCUGAAAACGACUGCUCUCUCCGAGACUUCCUACUGACAGAUGAAGCGGCCAUGUUGGCGCUCGGGGUCACUCUGCCGUAUGAGAGACAGAGGCUCAAGUAUGGGCUGUAUAAGUUCCAUACUCGAAGGUGGAAGCUGAGUGCGGUAGCUGGGUUGUAUGCGCGGAAGAUGAAGAAUUAUAGUGUAAUAGACUGUCUAACAUCGCUCGGCACUCACUACCAACAAAUAUACAUCUUAGAAGCAACUUUACAAUACACACUGAGGGAAUUCAACAAGAUACAUGAGCAACUCAAGUUUGAACCACCCGAUUCGCCGACGAGGACAUCGCUGAAAAGUGCUGUGAAAAAAAUGCAAGAAAACAUUAACAUGAUUAGGAAAGAAAUUAACAUAAUGACCCGAUUACUCGAUAAGAUAAGCCGAAGCAACCCGCCGCCAGCCGACCUCAUCAAGCCCAAGUCUCUCCCGUCGCGCGCCGUCUCCCGUCUCACAGACGUGGUGUUGGCGUGCGCACUCGCCGCUCUCGCGUACCACGCGGCCGCGAGGGUCGCACGGAUGGUGAACUAAUAAACGAUUUACGUGCACA